AUGUAUCCAUCCUAUGCCGAUUGGAUUCGCUCGUAUCGCGACUUGCCCCUAAAGCUGAAUCAGUGGACUAACGUUGUGAGAUGGGAGUUCAAACAGCCAACGCCAUUCAUCCGGACGAGGGAGUUCUUGUGGCAGGAGGGGCAUACUGCUCACGCGACUAAGGAAGAGGCUGUAGAGCUGGUAUAUAGUAUUCUGGAUCUGUACAAGAUGCUUUAUGAGCAGCUCCUGGCUGUUCCUGUAGUACAGGGGGUGAAAUCAGAGAUGGAAAAGUUCGCUGGUGAGUGA